AUGGCUGCUAUCAGACCGUUCGAGAUGGAGCGGCCAAGACACCGUCCGUUUCUGAUCGGUGUUAGCGGAGGAACGGCCAGUGGCAAGGUAGGUAACUAAUAAUAGCUAGCGUGCCUUAUCUAGCUGUAUGGGUUAGUAAGAGCCAAUGUAUGCUUGAUCCGAAAAUGUGGUCGGAGGCGCCGUAAUGGUGGUGGCCAGAUUGAGCUCUGUACGGCAUCGCCGUGUUGUAACAAUGCGGAAGGCUCCGUAUAGCUCCGCAUUGACAUGAUUGAGGGCGGAAGGUCCUGUGUAAACACAAACUCACUAACUUGACAACUUCCUUCACAUCAGCUCUGCGCCGCGAAGCAUGAAUUGACCAUGAAGCGCCUUUAACUUUAGGUCACAUCAACAAACAGUAACGUUAGUCGGAAACGUUAGCUUUCGUUUCCCCAUGCACUGAGAGCAGACACGCCCCUGUACCAAAACGUGAUAACAAUUUGUAUUUUCUUUGGCCUAAUAAUUUACGAACGUCUGUUUUCAUAAAUGUAAGGCACUUAAAGUUAGCUAGCUAAUGGUAUACAGCUAGCUAGCUAUCUAGUUAGAAUUAUUGCGCACUCUUAGCUUGGUUGUCAUGCAGGAAUAGGAGAACUCGUGAUGUGAUGUGACAUCGCUAAUGAAAAUGGGGACGUUUCUUGCCACCAAGCCAUCAAUUAAACUAAAGUUAGUGUCUUGUUUUCUGUCUGUGAGAUUAUUUUGAAAAGUGUCAGCUACUGCUCUCUGCUCCAACCUCAUCAUCAAACUGAAAAUAUGCCAAAUGUCAAUACAUUUCCUGCGUGUGACAGGUCUUUAACAUGGUAUAUUACACACUAUUCAUGGAAACUUUACUCAACUCACAAAAUGUUGAAAUACACAUAACCCCUUUCUAUGUGAUAGAUUUAGCUAAACUGUGCUAAUCUAGGAAAUAAUAAACCUGUCUGUUUUUUAGUCAACAGUAUGUGCCAAAAUCAUGGAGUUGCUGGGCCAGAACAAGGUGGACCAUCGUCAGAGGAAAGUUGCUAUCGUCAGCCAAGACAGUUUCUACAGAGUCUUGACACCUGACCAGAAGGCCAAGGCACUCAAGGGCCAUUACAACUUUGACCACCCAGGUGGGGGUGGCAGGUAGCUUAGCGGUUAAGAGCGUUGGGCCUAAAGAUUGGACCGAAAGGUCGCUGGUUAGAAUCCCUGAAUUGCUCCUGUAAGUCGCUCUUGAUAAGAGCGUCUGCUAAAUGACUAAAACGUAAAUGUAAAAUGUACUACAGGCCUGUAUGAAUUGUAAUAACAUAAGUAUAAUCGUUGUAAUAACAUAAGCUCUCAGUCAGUCACUUAUCACUUAGAUAACGUGGAUUUAGUUAAUCAUGGCGUUUAAUGAAUCUUUGCUAGAAUUAUAAAUGGCUAAUGUUCUGGCUGAACAGUGUAAUUGAGUUAAUAACCUUAAUGUUUAUUACAGAUGCUUUCGACAACGAGUUGAUGUACCAAACCCUGAAGGAUAUUGUGGAGGGGAGUACAUUUUACAUUUUUUACAUUUUAGUCAUUUAGCAGACGCUCUUAACCAGAGCGACUUACAGGAGCAAUUAGGGUUAAGUGCCUUGCUCAAGGGCACAUUAACGUCAUUUAGCAGACGCUCUUAGCCAGAGCGACUCACAAAUUGGUGCGUUCACCCUAUAGCCAGUGGGAUAACCACUUUACAAUUUGGGGGGGGGGGGGGGGGGGGGGGGUUAGAAGGAAUACUUUAUCCUAUCCCAGGUAUUCCUUAAAGAGGUGGGGUUUCAAAUGUCUCCGGAAGGUGGUGAGUGACUCCGCUGUCCUGGCGUCGUGAGGGAGCUUGUUCCACCAUUGGGGUGCCAGAGCAGCGAACAGUUUUGACUGGGCUGAGCGGGAGCUGUGCUUCCGCAGAGGAAGGGGAGCCAGCAGGCCAGAGGUGGAUGAACGCAAUGUCCUCGUUUGGGUGUAGGGACUGAUCAGAGCCUGAAGGUACAGAGGUGCCGUUCCCCUCACUGCUCCAUAGGCAAGCACCAUGGUCUUGUAGCGGAUGCGAGCUUCAACUGGAAGCCAGUGGAGUGUGCGGAGGAGGGGGGUGACGUGAGAGAACUUGGGAAGGUUGAACACCAGACGGGCUGCGGCAUUCUGGAUGAGUUGUAGGGGUUUAAUGGCACAGGCAGGGAGCCCAGCCAACAGCGAGUUGCAGUAGUCCAGACGGGAGAUGACAAGUGCCUGGACCAGGACCUGCGCCGCUUCCUGUGUAAGGCAGGGUCGCACUCUCCGAAUGUUGUAGAGCAUGAACCUGCAGGAGCGGGUCACCGCCUUGAUGUUGGCGGAGAACGACAGGGUGUUGUCCAGGGUCACGCCUAGGCUCUUCGCACUCUGGGAGGAGGACACAGCGGAGUUGUCAACCGUGAUGGCGAGAUCAUGGAACGGGCAGUCCUUCCCCGGGAGGAAGAGCAGCUCCGUCUUGCCAGGGUUCAGCUUGAGGUGGUGAUCCGUCAUCCAUAAGUGUGGUGGAGGUGCCGACAUAUGACUUUGUCACGCAUUCCAGGUGAGAAGGAAACAUUCCAUCCAGACCCAGUGUAACAGAAAUGCCCCUUCUUGAAUUCAGACAGACAGGAUCAAAAAUGCCCACCCUCCACAUUCCAGAGCUCAGAUAGAUGACCCUUGACCUAAAGAAAAAGAAAAACCAAAAUAACUGGGUGUAUUCAUUAGUCUGAUUUCAUUGCAUUAGUCUGUUGCAAAACAUUUACUCCAAACUGAAAACUUUGUGCAAUGAAAACAAGUUUAUUUUGGACAAAUUCAGAUAGGUCUCUCCCCGUUUCGUUUAGUCUGUAUGCUUCCGUUUGGACCCUAGAGUAAACGGUUUCCAUUGCAAAACGUUUGGCAAAAGACCAAACGUUUUGCACACUAGGGCAGUUCCCAACUAAAUAAAAUCCUGGUUGACCCGAGAGUCGUCUGUUCUUUUGACCAAUCACUUUUAAAACGUGUAUUUUUCCAAACACCCUAUGUUUAAAUAAAAUCAACUAUAUGUAGGCUACGGAGCUUGUCUGAUGCUUUAAGCACUGCGAUUAAAAAUGAAGACACACAAAUGACUAAAGAGGGAGCCAGAGAUCAAUAUAGCCUAACCAGAAGAAGAAAAAAACUGUUCCCGACCCCCCUCCACCCUCUACUGCUGGUCUUCGCAGAUUCUGCCGUUACGCUCCUGAAGUUGCCGGUAAUAGGCUACGCCAGCGGUCGGUAACCUUUUCCAUUUGGAGUGCCAAGUUAUCGUACCAUUUCUACUGAACUGCGUGCGUGCCAGUAUUGAUUUUCAUUUUCGUGGAACAUUUAAUUUAUAAUAGUCUUCAAAACUCAAAAUCAAUGUUGUGGUUAAUCAACAUUGAAAAUGAUACAAAUCUAAAAGUAACUUCUAUUGCCAUUGCCAACUAUGUAAAAAUAGCCUACAUAAAGCCAACAAAUAAAAACAUUGCAGCCUGCAGGUAAAAAAUAUCCUGAUAAAAAUAAAUAUACUAUAAAUCCCAUUGGCUACGCAUGGCCUGUCUGCAAGGAACUUAAAACAUUGUAUCAACUAUUAACUUGGUCCAGCCUGAUGCUCGUGCUAGCAAACUUGCAACAUUGUAUAAAAUAUUUUGGGCCCUCAGUUUCCUGUGCCAGUGAGUUCCGGACAGACAGACAACAGCUGUAGGCUACUUUGCGCAAGGGAUAAGAAGUAAUCAGGUAGGCCUAUAUUGUGACGUUUCCACUGGAUCAGAGGAUGACAUUUAUUUUGCCUUUCAUGCUGUGUGGUUAUCGAAAGGGAGAGAGCUGGAAAUAAUUUUGAAAUAGGCUACGUUGAGGAACUAUUGUCAUUCUCAAUGGAUGUAAAAACAGACUUCAUUUACUUGCUGUAUGAGGCAAAGAAAAAAUUACUUUGAGAAGCUCCACAGUGAUGGUGAAUUAAGAAAAUCAGAAAUAGUAUCAGAUCCCCAAAUGGGCACAUUUAUAGGCCUACAUUUGUGAGCAGGCCAGGUAGCCUAGGCCUACUUCUAUGCGUAAUCAGGUGCGCGUUCUUACUCAAGAUUGACAGGCGCGCUCCAAACAAAAGACAAUGAAUAAAUUAACAACUCAGAAAUAAACGUAGGUUGUGCGCUCUGCAAACAACGCGUCCACUCCGACAAUGACAACGGUAAGACUGUAAUAAUAAUACAUUGAAUGCAUUAACAGUAAAAAAGCAUUAACAUCAAUUACCAUAAACAAACAUUGUAAUUAGAAAUGAUGGUAAUUAACGGUAAAUGUACUAGUGGUGGUACUGGUGUGCCAUCCCCGCGGUCUCCAAUGGAUUAGUCCACUGAGACAGGCGUCAAUCAGACCGGUGUAGUGUGCCAUAUAUUUUUAAAAAUAUAUUUGCCACUGUGAAAACUAAGCGCAGACAGCCAUUCUGAUUCUGUGUUGAAUCAUAGAGCACGGCACCUACUGCUUUCGGCCGUUCAUCGUCCCGGUGUGUGCAGCCUCAGACAUGAAUGUCAAUGCAUUUGCAGAUGAAUUCACACACACACACACACACACAAUGCCUUCACGUGAAAGUGAAAGUUAGUCUGUCAAUAGAAUACCUCUGUGUGUACUAUACAUUUGGUGCUUAAUGUGUGUGUGUUUUCCAGGCUGCAGGACAGGAUCACGGUGUACCCCGCUGAUGUGGUUCUGUUUGAGGGCAUUCUGGUAUUCUACUCUCAGGAAGUGAGGGACAUGUUUCACAUGAAGCUCUUUGUGGACACUGACUCUGAUGUCAGGCUGUCCCGCAGAGGUACUACUGAAACACACACACCUAACAAGGGGAUUGUCACAUGCACGUCCACUUCCAUACUCAUACACACACUUUUCUCUAGCAUAUUUGAUGUAUAUACUGAAUUGUCACAUUUGUCUUGGUCCUGACCUGGUUGUUGUUGUUGUCUUGGUCCUGACCUGGUUGUUGUUGUUUUGGUUUUGACCUGCAGUUCUGCGGGACAUGAAGAGAGGCAGAGACCUGGAGCAGAUCCUUAACCAGUACACCACGUUUGUCAAGCCAGCCUUCGAGGAGUUCUGUUUGCCUGUAAAUGUCCAGCAGAGCCACACACCCUCACCAUACACCGAUGAUAACUAACAGAUAAUGGACACUUUCAUUCAUUAUUAAUAGGGCUAAUUAUGGACAUUUAAAAGAUAAUGACACAUAUAACACCCAGUGACUAAUUUAUAUUAUGUUCUAAAUGCAGUCUUUUGAGAGCAUUAGCUACCAAAUUUAGAUUGAUUAGUUCUUUUCCCCCCCAGACCAAGAAAUAUGCAGAUGUAAUUAUUCCUCGAGGAGUUGACAACAUGGGUAAGUUAUAGCACUCUGAUGAAGCCUGCAGACUCAGACCCUCUCCAUAUCCCUCUCUCUCCACACUCCUCCAUCUCUCUUAUUAAUCUGCCUCUCAUGCUCAGUGGCCAUCAACCUCAUCGUGCAGCACAUCCAGGACAUCCUGAAUGGGGACCUCUGUAAGUGGCACCGUGGAGGAGUGGUGAAUGGGCACAGCCGGGGCUUCAAGCGGGCCAUCUCGGAGCAGGGGGACCUGGAUAACGCCACCUCCAACCUCCCCCUAGGGAAGAGGGUCCUACUGGAGCCCAGCAGUCGCCCCCACUGAGGCAGCCAUCUGUGUGUGUUUCUCUACUCUCAGACUGACAGUCUACUUCUAUAUACACCUUCCUAAUAUUGAGUUGC